GCCAUAUUGAAUAAAGCAAGAAAUCGCUACUGAGUUUUGUCAGACAUUUUUUCGUGGGAAAAUGUCAAAAAAGCGUGGGUUGAGUUUGGAAGAGAAGAGAACACGAAUGUUGGAGCUUUUCUUUGAAAGGAAGGAAUUUUUUCUACUCAAGGAGUUGGAGAAAAUCGCUCCAAAAGAGAAAGGCAUUACUUCCAUGUCUGUCAAGGAAGUUGUACAAAGCUUGGUGGAUGACAAUCUAGUGGAUACUGAUAAAAUUGGUACCUCUGUUUAUUUCUGGGCCUAUCCAAGCAAAGCAAUACAUACAAGACAACAAAAACUGACACAACUUACAGAGCAAGUCAAUGAGUGUGAAAAGAAAAUUGCCUCUACAACAAAACUACUAAAGCAAGCAGGCAGUGGCAGAGAACAGUCUGAUGAAAGAAAUUUGAUUCUUGAAGAGCUGACUCAAAAAGAAAAACUUUGUAAAGAACUGGAACAAGAGCUUGAGAGAUAUCGUGAAUGUGACCCAGAAGUGCUAGAAAACUUACAAAAGGAAACACUGAUGUCGAAGGAAGGUACCAAUCGCUGGACUGACAACGUGUUUACAAUCAAAUCCUGGUGUGAACGCAAGUUUGGGCUGGAAAAGAAAAUGAUCGACAAAAGCUUUGGAAUUCCAGAAGACUUUGAUUAUGUGGAAUAGACAACAAGACAUCCAAGUUUGUACUUGAUGUUAGUUUACUGAGCAUUAUUACUUCAAUGGAUCUUUUAAGUUUUUCCUCUGGUUAUUCUCAGACCUGGAAAUGGCACUCUGCCAGUCAACCCACUGCAGUUCUUGGUAACAUAUAUUAGCAAACUGUAAUUCCUUUCUACUACUGUAAUUUCUUAGGAGCAGUUUUCCAUUUUACUUUGAUAUCAAUUACCGUAGUUUAUACCAGCUUCCAGCCAUGUCAUCCAGCCAUAUAUUCUGAUAGAACCUCUUUUCAAGGUGGUACUAAUAAGACUUUUCGUAUGGAAAAUAAGUAUAGCAUUAACAUU